AGAUGUUUCUGUUUAAAAAGAAACACAAAUGAUUUGUUGGCAAGUCCAAAGAAUGAUAUCAAAGUAUUGAACGGUUUAAGGUUCACAUCAUCUUGUACUAUAAUACUCGUUCACUGUAUUAUGGUAUGUAUGCUGGUUAGUGCUGGAAAUGCGUUGAAUUUUGAAAUGUACCUCAACAGCUACGGUAUGUUUUUAUUAAACCUGGUCAUCGUUGUGGACACCUUCUUCAUAAUGUCAGGUAUUUUAUUCGUCAGGAACAUCAAAACCAAUAGUAAUCUGUGGGAUCUUGUGAAAAUGCUGAUAAAAAGAUAUUUUAGACUUAUCUGGUGGUAUAUAGCCGCCCAAGUGACCAUAAUCUUCAUACUGCCUCGCUUCGGCUGCGGUCCGCUUUGUGCGAGGUUCAUGGAUUAUGAACAAGGAGCUUGUAUCAAGACCUGGUGGCUAGGUCUACUGAUGAUGGCUAAUUAUGUCGAUAGAACCAAUAUUUGCCACGCUCCAUCCUGGUACAUAUUCAGCGAUUUCCAUCUAACUUUUUUGGCAAUAGUAAUAUUUUGGAUACAUCAAAAACAACCGCGCCUUGGGAAGAUCUGUUUCGGUAUUCUAGCAUUUCUCAGUAUUCUACUGCCAGGUAUAUUAGCGUACAAUACGCCAGAAUUGGGAGAUAAUCCAUUCCACUUCCAAUUAUACAAAGUAAUGAGGCAUGUUAAAGAUUCAAAAUUUUUCGUAUCAUACUUAAAAACACACCACAGAGCGAGCCCUUACUUCGUGGGUUUGAUGGUAGGCUAUAUUAUGAACACGUACGGAGCCAAGGCUUUUAGAAAUACAUUUACAAAGAAACAAUUAUUUAUUUAUUUUCUGGCAUUUUUCGCUAUAGUUGUUUAUUUAUCUACGUGGAAUUACAACAUGCAAGUAAUGUUAUUAAAUGUUUUGCAAAGAAUUAUCUGGGCCUUUAUAAUCUGUGCAAUUAUUUUGAUGUCCGAAUAUGGAAGUUUGCCGUAUAUCAAAGAAUUUCUCUCCUGGUCUAUCUUCGUGCCGCUAAGCAAACUAACAUACGGAAUGUACAUGGUCCAUUGUAUUAUCGUCAUGUAUAAUACCAUUUCAAUACGAAGUCCUCUACACUUCAACGGUUAUCUACUGACUGAAAAAUUCUUGGGAACUCUAACACUGUCUUGCUUCAUAAGUUUGUUUUUCUUGCUGUUCAUCGAAGCACCUCUCAAUAAUCUAGUCAAAUUAUUUCUGGAAUCAAUUGGCAAUACCAAAGAAAGUCAAGAAUUAAAGAAUAGAAAGACCCACAUACAUACACAAGAAAGUACAGAAGAAUUAUCAGAGAAAAAGAGCAAAGAAUUAUAAUUAACGGGAGGAAAAAUUCAUGGGAGAAAAUAACAGGACUGGGAUUAACCCUAUUUCCACUGUUGAAAACAAAAACAUGUCCCACAUUUACACAAAAAGUCUUAAUUAUUAUAUGUA